AUCUCACGUUGCAUCCCUGUAUUUUUCACACCGCAGUAUCCUGGCCGUGAUCCGCUGAGUGAGCCAGAGGCAAGUCAUCAAAAUCAUGUCUGAAAGCGCAGCAUGGCCGAUCGCCGAUGGGCAACUGGCGCAACUUACCCUGGACCUGGUCCAGCAAGCUAGUCAUUAUCGUCAGCUAAAGAAAGGUGCCAACGAAGCCACCAAGACUCUCAACCGUGGAACUUCGGAGAUCCUCAUCCUCGCCGCCGAUACCUCGCCGCUCGCCAUUCUCCUCCAUCUGCCCCUACUCGCUGAGGAUAAGAACGUGCCGUACGUCUACGUACCGAGCAAGGUGGCUCUUGGUCGCGCUUGUGGCGUCAGCAGGGCUGUGAUUGCGGCCAGCAUCACCACGAACGAGAGCAGCGACCUCAUGCCUCAGAUCAGAGAGUUGAAGAACAAGGUGGAGAGACUGAUGAUCUAAGAUGCAUCAAGAGGCGCAUAAAUUAGAAGCCGUUAUGGGGAACGUGAGGACACAAGUCAUGACAUGUCGAAAUCGUUAGGCCCAUCGAGUUGUAUGGGCGGCGUUGAGAUGUACCGCAGUUGGAGUUCUGACAACCGGCGCUGGGGCUGUUCAGCAGCGUUCAAGAGCGACUACGGCUGUUUUGACCAUGGAAACCCGCAAACCGAUUCCAAGAAGGGUUCUGUGAGUUCUCACAUAGAAUUCUGGAACAGUAGUCCCGCAGGCUACGUAGUGCUGGAAUAGAAAAAAGAUCUAAUGCUCAUUUUUUGGACAAGUUUAAGCCUACAUGUUGUAUGUGCACAGUCGAUUUUGAUGUUGGUCUUCCAUAGUCGAGAGUAAAGUUAGUAAUAUAACCAGAGAUUAUUA